AUGACUGAAGGUCCUGUGGCGCCGCAUGUACUGCAGAAGACUUCCUUCGAGUAUCUUUUCUACGUUGGGACUCUCCUCCUCGCUGUGGCGUACUUUGGCAUCUACGAUAUUAGCAUGGUCUCCCGCGAGUACAUCCAUGUGCUGUCGGAGAACCUUCGCCCGCCGUGGCCGCCCUUCUCUUGGCUUGGCUCGUACGGCGCGGACGUCACUGACAGUCAGUGGUACAACUUCACACGGGCUGUUCCACUCGUAUUGCCCUUCUUCGCCGCUUUUCUUUACCUGUCGCACAAAAUACGUGCUGUCGCGGUGGAGAGGAUGGUGAGUGCACUGCAGAUACUACACAUCGUAUCGGGGAUAGCGCUUGGCUUCGCUAUAAGUGGGCCUAGAUUUCUUUUCCCGAUUCUUCUUAUUCUUGGGAAUUACUAUGCUGUGAAGAAGAUAUAUAAUAAAGUUUCCUUUACUGUGUUUAUGGUAUUAAUGUGGAGUUCACACAUUGCUGUGCUUUUUUUGAAUAGCUACUAUGAGGGAUACAAGUUUAAGUGGUUCGGAUUAGGAUUUCUAGACCAUCUAGUUAAACCACUUGUAGCGUGGACAGUUCAUUACAACAUGAGUGUCUUACGUAUGAUUGCAUUUAACACGGAUAUGCAUGACGCUAUUGUAUCAUCAGAAGAAAAACGUGAAAAACUUCUAGAAAAACACUUAAAUUGUUGUAUUGAGUGUGCGAAAAUCUGUGAAGCUUAUACAAAGAAAAAAAAUGGUUCUUUACCGCCAAAUAUUCAAUUAGAGGAAUUGGGAUGUUAUAAACUCCGUACAGAAUACCCUCGUCAGCCUAGUGAAUAUAAUCUUCUGAGUUAUCUUGGUUGUAUCGUUUAUCCUCCACUAUUUAUUGCAGGACCCAUGUCAUCUUUCAAUGCCUACAUUUCUCAUUUACAUAAUCCUACAAUGGCGGUAGAUAGUGUAGAUUUAAGACGAUACGGCAUAAGAGCAUUUUUAAAUCUUCUACUUUUGACUGCUGUAUCACAUUAUAUGUAUAUCAUCGCUAUUUUGAUGAAUGGACCUGUGUUUUCCGCUAUUUCUUUUCCUCGCCGUGCAGUUAUACUUUAUCUAACUUUAGCAUUCAUUUGGUUAAAGUUUAACUGUGUAUGGAAAUUAUUUAGACUUAUUUCACUUGUAGAUGGGGUUGAUGUACCAGAAGAUAUGCGUCGAUGUUUUACUAAUACCGUAAGCAUUCAGGGAUUUUGGCGAGAUUGGCAUGCCUCAUUCAAUUUAUGGAUUGUACGAUAUAUGUACAUCCCUAUGGGUGGUAACAAGAAGAAACAUCUCACUAUUUUUCCCAUUUUUUUCUUUAUUGCGAUAUGGCAUGAUAUUGAACUUCGAUUAAUACAUUGGGCUGGUAUUAUUUGUGUUUGCUUUGUUGUAGAGAUAGUAGUGACACAAGUUCUCUUUCAUCCAAAAACUUCUUUGGGUAUUCUAAUGGCUCAACGGCCACUACUUUACCGAUAUGUCCGGAUUUUAGGUGCCUGCCUUACUAUGUUGGAGCUUAUUAUAGUGAAUCUUGUCGGUUUUAGUAUAGGUCUUGAUAGAGCAGGAAUGAACCUUGAGUCCAUGUGGAGAGAGUCAUCCAUGCCUUUCUGUGUUCUUAUGGUGUUUUAUUUUUAUAUAGCUGCCAGUAUUGCCAUUCAAGAUAGGGAUCAAGAGAAAUUUAAUGAAUAUCAGAAUCGAACCAAAUACGGUCUUCGAAGUUACAGAAGGUCUGGUUCUGGUGAUGGUGGUGGAAGUACCAGUAGCUUGAAAAGAGAAGGAAAGGUAGCUGAGUAUAGUGAUGUUGAAAAUCCCACUGUGACAACAGAGAAUGGAAUAGACAAAUAG